CCGUCCAAUGGCACGCGCAACGCAGAGUAACGGCCCGCAGCGCACGCGGAGAGAAGAACACACGAGUAUUCUAAACUAAUGUGACCCAUUCUGAGUGUGAGUCACCCGGCUUUUCAUUCUGUUCAAGAGGAGUGACUGAGUGAUUACGGGUCUGAGGAAGGAAGGAAGAGCGGGUAACUUUUUAACACAGAGCAGAAAAAACUCCCCGACGCAUCUCAUCUCAAACCGCGCGCACGCGUCUCCAGCGAGACGGACAGUUAAAAGAUGUGAUUGUGUUUUUGUUUCCGUCUCCGACAGGUGCCUUUGUUUUAAAGAGGAACAAAGAUGAAAGUUUACUACUACGAAGCCACUUGCAUCCUUUUUCUUCAGACGCUCUGGUGGGGCUUGAGUAGGCCAUGUGAGGUACCAAUAGAAAGCUCCAAACUCAACCUCUCCGUGACCUAUGACCUUCCCCACUUUAUAUCUGACACACCUAUCCAGAAACUGUUGGAAUUCAAUGGGAGUGUAUAUGUAGGUGCCAGCAACAAGCUGUAUGCUCUGUCGAGAACUCUUACGAAGAUUCAUGAGUAUAUUACAGGUCCAGUGUAUAACAAUCUAGGCUGCAGAGUGGAGGAUGAAUGCACUGGUUGUGUGCCGACGCCCCCCAAAUCGAACUACACCAACAACAUCAACAUGGCCCUUGUGGUGGAGACGUUCUACGACCCUGAGCUCUUCAGCUGUGGCUCGGUUGGAAAUGGGAUCUGUACCCGUCGCGUGUUGGAAGAUGAUCCCGAGGAUGCUGAAGUAACUUGCAUGUACUCGAAGAAGAAUGAUGGCAGUAGUCACGGUUGCCCGGAUUGCCUGGCGGGUCCUUCAGGCACCCAGAUCCUCAACGUGAUGAGCAGCCAGGUGGUACGGUUUUUCGUCGCCAACUCUGAGCCUCUGGGCUCAACUGAACCCCGUCUCCACCACACCAUCUCUGUUAGGAAGAUGAAGGAGACUCAAGACGGAUUUGAGUUCUUCUCAGAGCAAUCCUACAUGGACCUUGCUCCGGGGUUACGUGGGAACUACCCCCUACACUACGUCUAUUCCUUCCAGAGUGGCCCGUACGCGUAUUUCCUCACCGUCCAACGCGAAGGCACCAGUUCGAACGCCUAUCAUACACGAAUCGUCCGCAUGUGUUCAUCGGAUCCUGAGAUUCUUCGAUACGUCGAAAUGCCCUUCGAGUGCAUUUACUCGGAGCGCAGAAGAAAGAAACGUUCAGCACAGGGGGUUUUCAAUGUCCUCCAGGCAGCGCAUGUUGCAAAGGUAGGCCACGACUUUCAGCAAGAGAUGGGGCUCAAAGAGGGCGAGGAUGUGCUGUUCGCAGCUUUCGCCCGCAGUAAACCAGACUCACCGGAGCCCACCGCCAGCUCCGCCAUGUGCCUUAUCUCCAUUACCGACAUCAAUAACUUCUUCAAGGAUUUCAUGCAGAAGGGAUACACAAGGAAGCUCUCUCACUUUACAGGAUCGGAUGAGAAAACAUACAACCAGAGCUUUGUAGGAGAUUCCUUUGGUUGCGGGAAGCAUGGGAAGAGUUACCGACUGGAGAUCACAAGCACCCACCCACGUCGGGACUACUUCCACGGACGCUUCAGGAACAUUCUUCUCACAUCCAUAGCCGUGGUCCCGAUUCAGAACCACACAGUGGUCAGCCUGGGCACUGCUGAAGGGCGAGUCAUCCAGGUGGUGAUUUCCCGCUUUGGCAAGACGGAGCCGCACGUGGACUUCCGCUUGGACACACUCCCCGUGUCCUCGGAGAUGGCCCUGGUUUCUCCACAGAGUCAAGAUGGCUCUUUAUUGUUGGUUACAGGAAAUAAGGUCUCUAGGGUUCCUCUCAGAGGGCCUGGCUGUGAACAGCUACGGUCCUGUAGUUCCUGUCUUUUGGCUCCCGCCUUCAUGGGAUGUGGAUGGUGUAAGACUUCUGAUCAUUGUACAAGGGCUCCUCAGUGCUCCCCCUCUCACUGGAUCCAGGACUCCUGCCCCCUCCUCAUCACCAAGGUUUCUCCUUUGACUGCUCCGUUUGGGGGCCACACUAACGUGACAAUCUGCGGCAAAAAUUUUGGAUUUAAUAAGAAAGACCGCUUCGACACCAAGCUAAUCGACGUGACUGUCGCUGGAACUGAAUGUAAACUUGAAAGGAAGGACAGUAGCAAUAGUCGGUUGGUCUGCGGGUUGGAUCAUGUGAGCGCUUCCAAUGUUGACUCUGCGGUCAGGGUACGCAGUGGCAAAGAAGAGGCCUCGAAAGACGGAUUCUCAUUUGUGAACCCAGUUAUCACAGAGAUCUUUCCUGAGUUUGGCCCAAAGUCUGGCGGAACAAUGCUAACUAUCAGGGGUUCAUUUCUGAAUAGUGGAAACGUGCAGAUGGUUACAAUAGGAAGUGCUACCUGUGUGCUACAGAGUAUAUCGGUCACAAUGUUGACAUGUCGGACUCCACCUCAGCCAUCGCCAUCCAAAUACAAAGUGAAGGUAAACAUUGAUGGAGUGAUCCGUGAGGCUCCAAUCAGCUACACCUACAACAAGGACCCACACAUCUCCAGCAUCCAACCCAAGCAUUCCUUCAUCAGCGGAGGAAGCACGGUGACAGUGAAUGGGAUCCACCUCCACUCGGCCCUCCAACCUCAGAUGGUUCUCACCGCUGCCACGGAAGGCAAAGUCUGCACUGUGACCUGCAGCCACGACGAGGAAAAGCAAAAUAUUCUUUGCAUCACUCCCUCCUUGAAGGGCCUCAAUGUUCAGCCUCCAGUCGCCACCAAAAUCACCUUUGUGUUGGAUGGAUUUUCUACCGAGCAGUACGACCUGCUGUAUGUGGAGGACCCCAAGUUUGAAGAGUUUCAGAAGCCCACUGUUUCGCCGAGAGGCAACAAGAGCAUUCUGGAGAUAAAGGUUCCUCCUGUGAAUCAAGAGGCGGUAAAAAACGGCGAGGUGCUUAGAGUUUCGAACCGCACCUGUGAGAGCGUCACUCUGGUGGGCAACACGCUUGAAUGCACCGUGCCCAUGGAGCUCCAGACCGCCAAUAAUGAGCUGGAGGUGGAGUGGAAGCAGGCCACAUCUUCUGUGAUCUUGGGUCGAGUAAUGUUGGCUAAAGACCAGGACUACAGCAUUCUGAUCACAGGAGGCAUCUGCGUGUCCAUCCUUCUACUGUUCUUGAUUGGAAUUUUUGUUUGGAUCAAGAGGAAAAAGCACAUCGAUGAUUUAGCUAAGGCUAUGGUUUGGUAUGACGGCCGGGCUCACAUUCCACACUUGGACAUGUUGGCAAACGCGAGGAGUGUCAGUCCCACUAAUGAAAUGGUCUCUCACGAGUCCGUGGACUAUAGAACCACUUUGCUUGAGGACCAGAACUUGCCUCUGUCGCAGACAGAGUCAUGUCGACCUCAUCUGUACGCGCACGCCCAUGUGGACCUGUCCCCCAUGCUCGGGGCGAUGGAUGGGGACUUGGCCUCUCCGCUGUUGCCAUCGAAUGCACCCAUAGAUCUGAGCAGCCUCCAUCCUGAGCUGCUGAAGGAAGUUCAACAUGUGGUCAUAGCCCGAGAAGAUCUGCUACUGCAUUUGAAUGAGAUCAUCGGAAGAGGCCACUUUGGAUGCGUUUUCCACGGGACCCUGCUCGAACCAGAUGGCCAGAAACAGCAUUGCGCUGUCAAGUCUUUAAACCGAAUCACAGAUAUUGAGGAGGUAUCUCAGUUCCUGAAGGAAGGCAUCAUCAUGAAGGAUUUCAGCCAUCCCAACGUGCUCUCGCUGCUGGGAAUCUGCCUGCCCAGCGAGGGGUCGCCACUCGUCGUUUUGCCUUACAUGAAGCAUGGGGAUCUGCGCAACUUCAUCAGAAAUGAGUCUCAUAACCCCACAGUGAAGGACCUGAUGGGUUUUGGGCUGCAGGUGGCUAAAGGAAUGGAGUAUCUCGCAAGCAAGAAGUUCGUACACAGGGACCUUGCGGCCCGAAACUGCAUGCUGGACGAGAGCUACACAGUAAAGGUGGCAGAUUUCGGGUUGGCAAGGGACGUGUAUGAUAAAGAAUACUACAGCGUGCACAACAAGCAUGGAGUCAAGCUACCCGUGAAAUGGAUGGCAUUAGAAAGCCUGCAGACACAUAAGUUUACCGCAAAAUCUGACGUGUGGUCGUUUGGAGUUCUGCUGUGGGAACUCAUGACCCGCGGCGCCCCGCCGUACUCCGACGUGAACUCCUUCGACAUCACGGUCUUCCUUCUACAAGGGCGAAGACUGCUACAGCCCGAGUUUUGUCCGGACGCCCUAUACAAUGUGAUGGUCGAGUGCUGGCACCCCAAACCCGAGCGCCGCCCCACCUUUUCAGAGUUGGUGUCCCGCAUCGCCGGCAUCUUUUCCAGCUUCAGCGGAGAGCACUACAUCCUCCUCAACACCACCUACGUCAACAUCGACAAGAUGACGCCGUACCCCUCUCUCAUCUCCUCUCAGAGUAACCUCGACCGUGACUGCUGCACCUGAGAGACAACAACAACAGAUGGAGAGUGGAGAGAAGAGAGCGGGAACAUGAAAAGCAAAAGCUCUUAAUUGUCGCUUACGAAAGACACUGGACGGAAAAAGGAGGGAGGCUGUCCAAGGACACUGUGAAAGACUUUAAAGGCGCACACACUCCCUUAAUCACUGUAAAUAGAUUGUGAUGAGCCGUGACAUGUGAAGUUGAAGUUCUCCGCUCAGGCGUGGGAUAGAGACCCGAAGCGAGUCGGAUAGCGAUGCAUCCGCAGCCGUAGAUGUUUCUGUGGUGGUGUCCAUGUGGAGUUGGUUGGAAGAGGAUUUGUCAUUGGUCGAUUGUCAACCCAUUAAUGUCUCAUCUGUUCAUUUGUACGGUUGCAUUCGGACGCCUCUCGCAAUCUGUGCCCAUCUGAUUCGUUUACGCUAUUGGCAAACGCUUUCCUGCCGAACAACUUUAAGGUUGUCUCUGAUCGCACAGUCAGAUUGUUUCUAAAAUGGAGAAACUCUUCAGUGGCGUUGUGUUCUCUGGGCUAACUGAGCAUAUGUCCAGCAUUUCGUUUUCUGUGAAAAAUGUAAUAUGACAUUGUGCAUGCCUUCAUACUAUGAACUGAACGCGGCAUAAUGAAGUUCUCUUCGGAACACUCGACAGGUAACAUGGGAUGAUUGUAAAGAGCUUUUAUCCGUCUGUGUUUUUUUUGUCUGUACUGUAGAUACAGACGUCAUCGAAUCUUUCCCUUCCGAGUCAUGUUUGGAUAAAAAUUCAAAAUGCUGUGAUGCUUAACCCAUCAUUUUAUUAUUUGCAACAAGACUUUUGUAGUUCAGAGGUUGUUCUAUAUUUUUAUUAGAAUAUGUUAAAUUAGCAUAUCACUCGGGCCUCAUGGAAACUGCACGCCUUCACAUUUUCACAUUGUGUAUAUGGAGUUACAGUAAAAUGUUAUUGGUGAUGUUUGCUUUAGUCAUAGUUACUUGAGUAAUAUGACGUUUAUUGAGGAAGAUAUGUGACGCAGGAGUUGAUUUUGUCCAUCUGUAAUUGAUUGGAUUGUUAAAAGUGGAGUUACUUGCAUAAGUAGAACCACAAUGUUACUGGGGGGAUGCCGUUAAAAAUAAAAACAAUGUAAUUUCAAAGGCAAGUUGUUACAUUUUGCUGAGAAGAACACAAUUUGUUUACAAUUUGAUUACACACUAUUGAUCACGCACAAUAAGGCCAAUUUCAUGUUUACUUUUUUAUUAAAUGUUAAACGGAGCUGAAAGUACUUAGAUUUGUAUUUGCGAAUUAUCAAAUAUGCCAAAGACGUGUUGGCUGGUGUAUUAAACUGUAUAAAGAUAGCUGCAGUUUCCAUGCAGGCCUGUACAGUAUAUCGCUAUGUAGUGAAGAUGACAAUGAAUGUGAGUUUCCAUUAUGAACUACUGGUUGAUGUAAAUAAUUUCUUUCACUACCCUUCUUGUCUGACUUGCUGUGUGAUACAUGUAUAUAAAGCCUACGAACACAGUAUACAAUAUAGACAGUUUGGGUUUAGCUAAUAGGUUGUUUUCAUUUCACCCCUAUCCGUUUGUUACAAAUGAACAACGAACUGUUUAAAUCAUUUAGUAUAAAGUUUUAUGCUGUUUCAUUUAUUAUACCCGUCUUUUUAGUUGAGGCUUUAACUAUCACUGUCUCCUUGUGAGCUGUUUGGGGAUGAAAAUGAUUCAAUUAUGGUACAUAUUACACUGUUGUUCCCGUGACAAUAAAGUGUCAUCAUGA